CCAGGGGCGGACUGACCAUUUGGAAACUCAGGCACUGCCCGAGGGCCCAGGGUCAGUAGGGGGCCCCAUGAGAUGCCCUUGGUACCUUUUUCAUAGGCUUUUUUUAAGUUUGGGCAAGGACACAGAGGCCCCAUGAUCCCCUAUUGCCCGGGGGCCCCAUGAUUUGUCAGUCCGCCCCUGGUUCCGCCCCUGGAUGGGACAAUGAUUUAUCUCAACUAAACAAGACGCAGAUGAUUAUGGAAAUCAUAAAACACUCAAAAUUG